AUGCCACAAUAUAACAAAAUAAAUACCCUCACACCCCAAAGAAACACUGCUUUCUCACUCAAUUCCAAUUCCAAUUCCAAUUCCACUUUUGAUUUCAAUUUCAAUCCACCGCUCCUACCACACACAUACUCUUUGCAUGUACAGGUAGGUACUAUAACAUACACCAUACAAUACCCACCACACAUUCACGUACCAUCCACUAAUCUACGAAACAACCAGGAAGGAAGAUCCUGAAUACAAGUAAGAGUAGGAGUCAAGGUAAGAGUAAGAGUCAAGGUAAGAGUAAGAGUCAAGGUAAGAGUAAGAGUCAAGGUAAGAGUAAGAGUAAGAAGAGUAUAUNAAUCUACGAAACAACCAGGAAGGAAGAUCCUGAAUACAAGUAAGAGUAGGAGUCAAGGUAAGAGUAAGAGUCAAGGUAAGAGUAAGAGUCAAGGUAAGAGUAAGAGUCAAGGUAAGAGUAAGAGUAAGAAGAGUAUAUACACCCUACCACCCAUCCCACCCACCCACACCUCAAAAUCACGACCACACGCACAUCCACAUCCACAAUCUCACCCCACUCCACCCCAUCUAUCAACAAAAAAACCUCAUCCACAUCCACCGCCUACAAAGUCAAGGAACUACUUCGUCUUAGCCCUCAAUCAAGACCACUCCAUCUAAACUGCUUCAACAAGACCAACAGCAUCGUCACUAUCAGGAUAGGGACACCCAGCUAAGCGACCAAGCGUCCACAACGACCAACUACCAACCAUCUCCCAUCACCACUUUACACAAAUAA